UGGCACAACACUCGACGACCUUAACUCAAAUGAGACAAGCACGAGAACGUGAAAGCAGCAAAAAUGAGGUCGUAUAAUGUCUUCGGUAUUUUCACUUGCGGCAGCACCAGGCAGCGGUCUUACAACAAAUGAAAUAAAAUGUUUUAGCAGUUCGUGAGUGAAAUAUCCUGUAAAACUGUGUUAAGUUUGCCGUUGUUCCUGGAGAAAAUCAUUUUAAAGAAAUCAUGUCAAAAUUUUACCGAAAUGUUAAAAUUGUGAAAACAGUGACACGAAACCGUUCGGAAUCAGUAAUCUCGUCACCAAGUUUCUGCCCCCACGUUGAAGAAUUAAGUGCUGCCAAACCUUACUCGGAAAUACCUGGUCCCAAACCCAUACCGAUACUAGGAAAUACAUGGCGACUUUUGCCCAUUAUAGGUCAGUACGAUAUUUCGGAUGUGGCAAAACUGUCGAAACUAUUCUACAAGGAAUAUGGGAAAAUCGUUAAACUGUCGGGACUGGUUGGAAGGCCUGACUUAUUAUUUAUUUAUGACGCCAAUGAAAUUGAAAAAAUAUAUAGACAAGAAGGGCCGACACCAUUCAGACCUUCAAUGCCUUGCUUAGUAAGGUAUAAGAGCGUCGUAAGGAAACAAUUUUUUGGAGACUUGGCUGGAGUUGUCGGAGUACAUGGUGAACCUUGGAGGGAAUUCCGUAGCAAGGUACAAAAACCUAUUCUUCAAAUUCAGACUGUUAAGAAAUAUAUUCAACCAAUUGAAACAGUCACAACCGACUUCAUUCAAAGAAUGAUGGAAAUGAAAAAUGACGCUGAAGAAAUGCCGGCGGAUUUUGACAAUGAAAUUCACAAAUGGGCGUUAGAAUGCAUAGGAAGAGUUUCUUUGGAUGUCAGAUUAGGUUGCUUGGACCCUAAUUUACCGGCAGAUUCCGAACCCCAAAAAAUUAUCGAGGCGGCAAAAUAUGCCUUAAGAAACGUAGCUCUUUUAGAAUUGAAAUUCCCUUUUUGGAGAUACAUUCCAACACCCCUGUGGACAAAAUACGUAGAAAAUAUGGAUUAUUUUGUAAAAAUAUGCAUGAAACACAUUGAUGCAGCGAUGGAGCGACUUAAAUCCAAAACAGUGACUAAUGAAAACGAUCUUUCACUGGUCGAAAGAAUUCUCGCCAAUGAACCGGAUCCUAAAACUGCAUACAUUUUAGCCUUGGAUUUAAUUUUAGUUGGAAUUGACACCAUAUCGAUGGCUGUGUGUUCGAUACUGUAUCAACUGGCCACAAGACCAGAACAACAAGAAAAAUUGUACAGGGAGCUUAAAAGAGUAAUGCCCGAUCCUAACACACCACUGAAUACCAAAUUAUUAGAUCAAAUGGAUUUUUUAAAAGCGUUUGUUAAAGAAGUGUUAAGGGCUUACUCUACUGUGAUCGGUAAUGGAAGAACUUUGCAACAAGACACUAUAAUUCAUGGAUAUAAGAUUCCUAAAGGUAUUCAAGUGGUAUUUCCGACCCUUGUUACAGGAAGCAUGGAAGAAUUUGUAAGCCAGCCUGACGAAUUUAUUCCAGAACGUUGGCUGAAGAAGUCGGAUGAUUACAAAAUUCAUCCAUUUGCUUCGCUACCUUAUGGGUAUGGAGCUCGUAUGUGUUUAGGUAGACGAUUUGCGGACCUCGAAAUUCAGGUGUUGCUAGCUAAGUUAAUACGUUCCUAUAAGUUGGAAUAUCAUCACGAACCUUUGGAAUAUAAAGUUACCUUCAUGUAUGCGCCUGAUGGCGAAUUGCGCUUCAAAGUUAUUAAACGAAAAGAAUGAUUACCAGUUGAAUUUGUAUAGUGUAAAUUUAGUAGAUUAUACUGAUUAGUGAUUAUUAUAGAAUAAAUUAAUGCUGUGGAAAUAGAAUUUUAAUGAUU